AGACAUUGAGGAAGAAAGAGACUGAGAGCAUGAGAGACAAAGAGAGAGGGAGGGAGGAGGACAAGGGAGGAAGAAAGACAGAAGGGGAAGAAAAAGAAUAAGGAAGGAGAAAAGAGGGAGAGGCCAUCUGCGAGGGAGAGUGCCGGAACCAAGGAGGGGAGAAACAGACUGAGCGAGGCCGAGAGAGAAGGCCGAGAGAGAGCGGGGAAUGAGCAAUGCGGAGCCGGGAGAAACAGACGCAGAAGGAGGUAGAGACCAGGUAAGCUGGGAGCUGACACGGACACCAGGCGCAGCAGGAACAGGCAGCAGGAGGAGACAGCCAGAAAGAUGGAGCUAGAGCGAGGGACAGACAGAACUGGACGGAGGGACCGACCUGCUGCCUGCAGGUGCACAGACGGGCUAAAGGUUAGCCCUCGGGUGGGGAGGCUGGGUGCCCGCCCCAGAGCCUGCCAGGCCCGGCCCCUCCCACUUGCUCUGGCCCAGCCUCUCCCCCUCGUGGGGCAGUGCGGCGGCCUUCUCACCUGCCCAAUGGGGGGAGCCCACAGCACCUUACUAGGCCUGGGGCAGUGUUAGCGCUCAGGGAUCACAGCUGUCAUCAUUAUACAUGAUGGGAGGCCAAAAGAAGAAAUGAGAGAGGGGAAAAAUAUCCAGAGAUGUUCGAAGGUUUCAUAUCCCCGCCUCCGCCCUAGUCCUGGAUUCCAGAAUCUGACAGGUAGGUAGGGAGCUGCUUGCCCAAGGGGCCCAACUCCAAAACAGGUGAGGCUCCCUCUGACUCUGCAUCCGGGAAGCCAGGCCAUGCCUUCCCCAGGGAGGCAGGCCUGGCUGGACUCCCGGGUCUGAGGGAGGAGGUGGCUGGGGGGGCCUGGAUUCCAGGGCCCUUUGAGGAGGAAGGGACUAGGGCCCUGAACUCCUGGGUCCCUGCUGGGGAAGGGGCCAAGGGACUGAUUCCUGGGUUCCUGGGGGAGGAGGGGGCCGGGGGCCCGGAUUCCUGGGUCCUGGCACCCACCCGUAGAACCGACCUUGCGGGGCCUUCGCCGCACACAAGCUCGAGUCUGUGGGUCCGUGUCGGGGGCUCACCAUCGCGGCUGGGGUCUUCCCGGCCCUCCCCGCCCUCCCUGGUCCUCCUGGCCCCCAUCUGUCCGUCCAUCCGUCUGUCUGUCCACCUGCCGCGCCCCCCGGGCUGAGGUAGGAGGUUGUAUAGUUGAGGAGGACACCCACGGAGAUCACUAUACGGCCUCCUAGCUUUCCCCAGGCUGCGCCCUGCACGGGACGCCCGGCGGGGACCCCAGCCCCGGACCGCUGCCCCAUGCCGGGGGGACCCUGGGUGGAGGAGCUGGGCUGUCUCUCCAUCUCCACUGUGUCUCUGGAGUCUUCUGUGUGUCUGCACAGCGGCCUCUCAGACUCUGUCUUCAUCUCUCUCUUACUGUGUUUUCUGGCAUCCCUCCAUGUCUCAGCUCCUGUCUCUCAGGAUCUCACAGUAUCUCUGUGCCAUCUCCACUCUGACCCCACACCCCCACCCCACGCCAGCGCCUGUCAGGCCACCCCACGCCACACUGCCGGCCUCUGGGUCCCUGAGACCCUUUAACCUGUGAGGACAUCCAGGGUCACAGGUGAGGUUCUUGGGAGCCUGGCGUCCGGACCAACCACAAGCCUGGGGAUUGCCCACCUGACCCCUGACCGCUCGCACCCUUUCUCCUGGAAAACCCAGAGCUUGACGUUUGGCCAGCCACAGAAAUCCGACCUCUGACUCUAGACCACGUGCCCCUCCCCCCCACCAUGGUGACCUCACAAAGGUCACCAGCGUCUCCCCGGGCCUAGACCCUCCGCUAUGGCCCUGCUGGCCCGAGACAGCGCUGUCCCGUGUGCCCUGGUGGUCCUCACGGUCUUCAGGGCCCCCGCCUGGGCCUGUCUGAUCUGCUUCACAUCCUAUAAGGAACGCACCCGCAUCUGCCAGAUGUUUGCUGGUACACAGGGCCCCGAGCUGGAGAAGUGUCAGGAGGCAUUCAGCAGCGCCUUUGCGGACCUCGCCGACAUUGAAAUCAACUACGAUGACAGAAGCCAUCUGCAUGACGCCUUCACCCAGAUGACCCACUCUCUCCAGGAGACAGCUGCCGCCCAGGGCUCCUUUAACGUUGCUUUCCCUGAUGCUGCCGAGAAAAUGCGGAAGGUCAUUAAGAAGCUUAAAGGAGCCCAGGCCUGCGUCCCUCCCUGCGGGUUCCAGGAUGUCGCCCGGCGUUUCCUCUGCUACGGGUGCUACUCCAAGGCCUGCAACUUCCCGCUGGACUGCCCAGGUGAGAGGCGGGGCCUGGAAGGAGAAGAAACGGACUUGACGGUGACUCGGGGUCAGCAGGCUAAGUUCUCCUGCACUGUGAACUUCCAACUGCCUAAGGAGGAAAUCACCUAUUCCUGGAAGUUCGCAGGAGGAGGUCUCCGGACGCAGGACCAGUCCUACUUCCGAGACAUCCCGCGGGCCCAAGGAUACCUGGCGCGGAUCCGGCCGGUGCAGCCCACGCACAGCGGGACCUUCUCUUGCUCCAUCCUGCACGACCAGCGCCCACUGGCGCGGCUCUACUUUUUUCUUAACGUGACCAGUGCGCCCCCGCGUGGGGAGAUCGAGCUCCAGGUCUCCUUUCGGAAAGUGCUGCGCGGGGCGCCGAAGGAGACGGAGACGUUGGAACCAUGGAGGCCAAGCCUGGGCGAGCUGCUGGCCAGGCCCGAGGCUCUGACGCCGGGCAACCAGUGCCUGCUCGCGGCCCUCGCAGCCGUAGCAUCAGCCAGUGCGACCCUUAUGGUGUGAUUCUUUCCAUCUUUGAAGGUGGUCAGUACCGUCGCAGGUAGCAGGAGAGGCAGCGUACCCCAGAUACGUUCAGGCGGAUAGGCUCCUGAUGACAGGAGUAUGUAGAGUCGUCACAGUGCAAGGGCCUGUGCUGAGGGCUUUAGGUGCAAGCCCAGACCCUUCCCGGGAUUUCUGGCGGUCUCUCUGACAUUGCAGCCUGCAGAAGACACCCUCAGAUAGAGUCCUUGAUGUCUCCUUGAAAGCCCGUGCCUCCCUGAGGCUUUCCUGCUAAAGGCGCCCCCGACCACCCAGCUGCUCCCCCAGAAACCUAAGUUGAAUUCCUCCUCCUCUCCUGUUUUCAUGCCUGAGCCUUUUUAACUCCUAAACAUCUUGUGCAGCUGCCCUCUCUCUGUGGUCCCAGUCACCAUCAUCUCUUGCCUGGAUCACUGCAGCAGCAUCCCCACUCGCCCCCCUGCCUCGACUCGGCCUUGCCCCGCUGCAGUCCGUCUUCCACAUAGCAGCCAGAGUAAUAUUUUAAUGUAUGUCAGGUCAGGGGCGCCUGGGUGGCUCAGUCCGUUAAGGGUCCAGCGCUGGAUUUUGGCUCAGGUCAUGAUCUCACAGUUCAUGGGAUGGAGCCCUACAUCAGGCCCUGUGCUGACAGCAUGGAGCCUGUUUGGGAUUCUCGCUCCCUCUCUGCUCCUUUCCCCUGUUCAUGCUCUCUCUCAAAAUAAAUAAAGUUAAAAAAAUAAGUGUGUCAGAUCAGGUUACUCCGGCUCAAAAGCCUUCAGUGGCUCCCAAUUGCCAUUGGGACAGAAUCCAGUUCCUUGUCAAGGCCUCCGAGAUCCCCCAGGUUCUGGCCCUUGAUGAUCGGGCAAGCCUUGUCCCACUCUUCCCCUUGAUCUUUCUACCCUGCAGUUCGUUUGGCCUUUGCUUAUUCCUUGCGUUUGUCAUGAUUCUUGUCACUCUCCCCAGGACCUUGUUACAUGGCUAGUUAACCCAGUUAGGGUUUCCUCUGAAAAGCCUUUACAUGUAUUAACCUAUUUAAUCCCCACGACAGCUCUGUGUGCCUGGCACUGUAUUUGCCUCUCUUUUCUUGUGCCCCCUCUUUACUCUCUAUCCCCAUUGGCCAUUUUUUGGUCCUUGAACAUACAAAGCUCGGUCCCAUGUUCAGGCCUUUGCACAUGCUGUUUUUCAUACUUGAAAUGACUUUACUGUGAACCGCACGAAGCUACCUCUCUCUCAGUGCACACGUCCCAGCCCAAAUGCCAUCUUCUCUGACUACGCUCCCCCUCCAUGGACAUCCCCCUGUUUUAGCUUGUGCAUAAGCACUCAUUGGGACUUAAUGUCAGCUUGUGUUUUUUAUUUGGGUUUGUGUCCUCGCGUGUGAAAGAUAAGUUCCUUUUAGGCAUCUACUCAUUCUUAUUCACUGAUGUAUUCCCCUUUACUCAUUCGUUUAGAGAAUACUUACUGAGUACUUCCUAUGUGCCGGGCAUUUUUUUUUUUUUAAUUUUUUUUUCAACGUUUUUAUUUAUUUUUGAGACAGAGAGAGACAGAGCAUGAACGGGGGAGGGGCAGAGAGAGA